AUGAAACAAGAAGCAGCAAUAAAGCAGCUGUGUGAACAAAUUAGAGAAGAAAAUAAUGAUUUAAUGGAGUUGUCUUCCUAUUUGUUCAACUUAUCUAAUGAAGAUGUCUUAAAUUUCGAUACAAUUUUCGAGAAAAUCAGGAAUAUUUUCAUCGAAAAGUACGAAAUGGAGCCUGCUAAUGUUCUAAAGCUUCUUUAUGAUGCAAAUGUGUUCAAUAAUCAUGCUGGUGAGCUUUAUUGGAUGUUAUGCAAACUCUUAUUAAAAGAAUAUCCAAUUUCAAUAUACAAACUCAGAGUAUUCAGAGGUAUUCUUUGCGAUAACUUCAAUGAGUUAUUCAACAAGGUGAUCGUUAACAAAUCAAAGUACUUAGCUCAAGAUUCAGAUACAAUUCCAAGAGAGUUCAAGAGAUUACAAAAAGAAGAGUUACACCGUAUAGUCAUGAAUGAUGAUAUUGUUAACUUCAAAGAGUAUAUCUUAGAACACAACUUUGACUCUAAAAAGCAAUACAAAUUGAAUGAUAACUACAAAUCAGUCAGUUUACUCGAAGAAUGUGCUUACUUUGGUUCUCCUUCUAUAUUCUACUUCCUCUUAUACAAUUGCAAUUGCAAAAUCACCGAUAUUUGCUUAGAGUUAUCAUUUAUUGGAGGAAACGACGACAUCAUCAAUGAAUGUUGCAAUGUCUUAUCAGUAAAUGAUAGAUGCCUUGAGAACGCCAUCAGAUCACACAACAAUGUUCUUAUUCCAAAGAUGUUGGAAUUCAACAAUGUCCAAAUCGAUCCAGAAUCAGUUAUUGACUCAAUGAACAUCAGCAUAAUGCUCCAGCAGAUUGAAGAGAAUCCAAUUAACAUUAUAUACUACCUCCCAGGUUUUCCAAUUCAAAAAUUCUCUGCAAAAAUUUUUGACAUUGUAGCAAUGAAUUUUGACAUAAAUUCUGAUAUUUUAUUUGUCAAAUCAUUGUAUUACAACAAUGUCAAAUUGGCAGAACACUUAUUGCCAAAUGUAAAAGACAUAGAGAUAUCAGAUGACACAAAUGGAAAGAAGGCAAUUCAUUAUGCAUCAUAUUUCAAUCAGAAAGAGUUAGUUGAAAAACUCAUCAAGAGAGGAGCGAAUGUAAAUUCACGAGAUUCAACAGGAAGAACACCUCUCCAUGAUGCGGCGAGUACAAAUGCAAGAGAUUUAGCAGAGUUGUUACUCGACAAUGGUGCUGAUUUCAACAUCGUCGAUAACUUUUAUGGUGCAAAACCAUUGCAUAUCGCUGCAAACAAGAAUUCGAAAGAAACAGCAGAGUUAUUGAUCAGAAAAGGAUGUGAUGUUGAUACGAAAGAUGACAUCAGUAUGUUGACACCACUACAUUACACGAUCGAAUACAACUGCAAAGAGACAGCAAAGUUUUUGAUCGAAGAAGGAGCAGAUGUCAAUGCGAAAGAUUUCGAAGGAAACACAGCAUUGUACAAAUCGGCAGAACACGGAAAGACAGAUAUGGUUGAAUUCUUCAUCAAGAAUGGUGCAGAUUACAAAGCGAAGAAUGAUGAUGGAUCUUCACUUUUACAUGCACUUUUGUCGAUGAACAACAAGUCAUCAGCAGAAUAUUUGAUGACACUUGGAUUAGAUGUCAACGCGAAGAACUUAUUAGGAAAAACUCCUCUCCACAUUGCAGUUGAAUCAUUCGACAGACCAUAUGUCGAAAUCUUAUUGAAGUAUGGUGCAGAUGUUAAUGGUAAAGAUUUCAAUGGAAUCACACCUCUUCAAAUUGCAUCAUGGAAAGGUGAUGAAGAACUUGCUGACAUUUUGAUUUCACACGGAGCAACUUACGCAUAA